UAAACGGACAAUCUAAUCAGUAAAGCUUUUGGCGCAGAGAAAGCAACAAGUGCUACUUAAAACAAGAAGAUGGCAACAUCCAUUGGAAACAGCUCGACUUUUGACCUAAGUCCGAAGGCUCUGAUCGGCGUGGGCGUUGGCCUGGUGGCUGCGGGCGGUGCCAGUUACCUGCUGUACCGCCACCUGACACGCGAUGUAAUGCCCCAGAAGUGGCGCCGAGUCGGCACCAUCCAGAGGAUUCACUUCUUUCCAGUCAAGUCGUGUGCUCCCAUGGAGAUUUCCAAGCCCAGUGUGGAGUUCGACUGCGAUGUGCUGAGUAUGUCCUUCGAGGGCAUUCGGGAUCGCACCUUGAUGGUGGUCAACGACAAGAACGAAAUGAUCACAGCACGCGUCUAUCCGCACAUGACGCAGAUCCGUUCAAAGAAGGUAUCGGCCAGCAAGCUUUUGUUCAGUUACGAGGGCCUUCCCGACUUGGAGCUGGACUUUGAGCAGCUUGAGAGUUCCGGCAAGGAUGUGAACACCUCCGUUUGGGGCGUGCCUGUGGAUGUGAUGCCCUGUGGUGAUCGCAUCAACACGUGGUUCUCGCAGGCCAUCCUGAAAAAGGACAGUGGCCUAAAGUUAGUUCACUAUCCCUACCCGAAGCCAGUGAGAAGUACCAAUCCUCGGCUGAAGCACAUGCCCUUCCUGAGGCAAGAGGAUUCGGGCACAUUCAAUGAUGCCACCAGUUUCAUGCUGAUGAACCUCUCAUCGGUGGCCGAUCUGAACACUCGUCUCAAGAAUCCCGUGGAUGCUCUGCAAUUCCGUGGCAAUUUCGAACUUAAAAUGGAUGUGGACGAACCCUAUGCAGAGGACAAUUGGCAGUGGCUCCGCAUCGGUGACGACGCAGUUUUUCGAUCGGUGGCUCCUUGCACUCGCUGCAUAUUGCCGAACAUAAAUCCUAAGACCGCGGAGAGGGACAUCGAUGGUGAGCCGCUAAAGACGCUGCGCAGCUAUCGCUUAUUCAACUUUAGCUCACCGGCUCUGGGCGUUCACUUGGGGCUACGACUGCCCGGCAAGGUCAAGGCUAACGAUGUGGUCUACGUUGAGGACAAGUGAAGGCGGAUUAUAAUUUAAACCUGUAUACAUUCACUUUUAUUACAUAGAACAUAGAUAAUGAGA